AUGGCGAGCGCGAGCCAGGCGACGCAGGUCAAAUCAUCGAAGGAGAGAGCAGCUUGGCGCGGCCCGCCACCGUCCUCGACCAAGUCUGGUAGCUCUGGCAGCGGCUCCAAAGACGGCGAACCACCAGCCCAACGACCACGCCUGCAAGGGCGCGGAGCAGCACGCCAGGCAGCCGCAGACGACGAGCCCGCGGGGAUGGAGGAGGAGGACGAGGAGGAGGAGGAUGAGGAGGAGGAGGAGGAGGGCGACGAACCACGCCGAGCCCGGCGCAGAGGCGGACGACGCGCCCACAGAGGCCACCACACGGACAAGAGCUGGACGAACAAAGACAAGAACAUGCACGCUCUCCUCAUGGCCCUGAUGACGCUUACCCUACAGAACAUUCAUUAG